AUGACCGAAACUUACGGUGUGCAACCCGGUUCUUUAAAGGAAGCCCUCAGUCAGUCGACCUGUCACUUGUGGGAAAAUAAAGGACUUCGUCUCCAGGUGACUAACUCGAAAGUCAUCAACGAACAAUCUGCCACUGAGAGGAGAUACAGAUGCGUGAUUAGUGAUGGCAAAUACUCAAUCCAGGGUUUAAUCGACGCAAGAUGCAACGCGUACUUGGAAGCCAACGGCUUUGCACGCUACUCUAUUAUUACUGUGAAGCAAUACACUGUGGCAAGAACUUUGAAGAGAAUUGUGCUCAUCUCCGAUCUUCUGGUUGAUGUGCCUAAGACUGAUAGAAUCUCGUCUGAUUUGACUUCUCUUGAUGCUUACUUUGACCAGAACCCUGAUGAGGACACUGCCACUAGUGUUGCAGGAAACCAGGGUAAUCUGCUGAGCAACAGUCCCCAGCCUCAAGCUCAACAGGUCCAACAACAGCAGCAGCAGCAGCCUCAGAAACCCAACCAGCAGACGCGUGGCCGUGGACCUGAGAGACCCGUGAACCCAAUCGAGUCCUUGUCUCCCUACCAGAAUAACUGGACUAUCAAAGGUCGUAUCUCCUAUAAAGGUGAGAUAAGAACUUGGUCUAAUAGCAGAGGCGAGGGUAAGUUGUUCAACGUGAACUUUUUGGAUGAAUCUGAUGAAAUCAGAGCAACUGCUUUCAAUGACAUGGCUGACAAGUUUUACAACUUGCUUGAGGAAGGUAAGGUCUACUACGUUACUAAGGCUCGUAUCCAACAGGCAAAGCCAAAAUUCUCUCACCUCAGUCAUCCUUAUGAAUUGUCCUUGGAUAAAGACUCGGAAAUCACAGAGUGCUUUGACACUUCUGAUGUUCCUAAGAUCAACUUUAACUUCACCAAGUUGAGCGAUAUCCAGAACUCUGAGAAGGAUGCAAUCCUUGACGUUGUCGGCGUUAUCAAGAACGUCAACGAUGUCUUCCAGAUCACUGCCAAGUCUACAGGUAAGCCAUUCAACAGAAGAAACAUCACUCUUGUCGAUGACUCUAACUUUGCUAUCGAUGUCGGUUUAUGGAAUGCUACCGCUGUUGACUUCUCAAUUCCAUCUGGUUCGGUUAUUGCCGUGAAAGGUGUCAAAGUCCAGGACUUUGGUGGCAGAUCUUUGAGCUUGACACAGGCGGGAAGCAUUUUGAGUAAUCCUGAUAUUCCCGAAGCCUACCAGUUGAAGGGAUGGUACGACAAUAAGGGCGUCAACGAGAACUUCCAAAGUAUGAAGACCGAAUCUCGUACCGCUGAUCCCUUGGCCAACAGAAAGACUAUUCAAGAGUCAGAAGAAGCCGAAUUGGGUAUGAAGGAGAAGCCAGAUUACUUCUCCAUCAAGGGUACCAUCAACUACUUCAAGACCGAUAACUUUUGCUACCCAGCUUGCAAUAACGAAGUUAACGUGUCGUCUAGGGGUCCUACUCCUUGUAACCGUAAGGUUCUCCAGGAAAGUGAUGGCGCUUGGAGAUGUGAGAGAUGUAACCUCACAUACCCUGAACCGCAUUACAGGUAUAUUUUGAACUGCUCGCUUAUGGACCACACUGGUCAGAUUUGGGCCACUCUUUUUGACAACGAAGCCAGGACACUCUUCAAGGUUAGCGCUAAUGAAUUGAUGCAAAUGAAGGAUCAAGAAGACAAUGAUGUCCAUGAUUUUUCCAGGUUGAUUUACUCAAUUACCAUGAAGGAAUUCAACUUCAGAUUGAGAGCCAAACAGGAGAGUUACAACGGUAAUAUGAGAGUGAGAUAUAACGUGGUACAAAUUAACGAAGUUGACUUCAAUGCUGAAAGUCUUCAUUUGGCCAAGCAGUUGGAAGCUGUGCUAUAA